AUGAUCCAAAAUCUUUACAAAAUUUGGCAAACAGGAUUUGACAAUCACAUCAAUUGCGCCAAAGUGUGUUUUUUUUUCUGUUCAAAUUCUGCUCAAGAACGGGAUCAAGCCAAAGAUAAUGCUAAUACUAAUAAUAUUGGUAAUCGUCUUUACCCUAAAAUUAGUGAUUAUAACACCUUCAACCUCAAGAGGAUACUGCUUAAUAUGGCCACAACCAACCAACAAGUUUACUUCAAGAAGAAACUAAGGUUGGUACUUUUAACAAAGAAGCAUCUGAAUAUAAUUCCAAUGUCCUCAGAACAAGCCAAUAAUACACCAUUAAAGAAGUUUAGUGGCUGA